AUGACAGGUGCCCGACUGCCGUCUGAGAGUCACUCCGUCCUGGGCCUCCGAUGGAAUCCAAGGGAGGAUGUUCUCUCCCUCUCCGUCCGACCAACCUCAACGGCUUUACCGACGAAGAGAUCGGUGCUCUCGCAGACAGCACGUCUCUUCGACCUACUAGGCUGGUUGGCGCCGAUCAUAGUACGUGCCAAGCUGCUCGUCCAAUCAGCCUGGAUACAACAGCUGGACUGGGACGCUCCGCUGACAAGGGACGACGCCGCCGAGUGGACCCGCUUGGAGGAGGAGCUGCCCUUGCUUGAGGAGAUCAGGGUGCCACGCUGGUUCCAGAGUGACGCUGCAAACAACUCGCAACAGCUGCACGGAUUCUGCGACGCCUCUGAACGAGCCUACGCUGCCGUGAUCUACCUCAGGGGCGUGAUCGACGGGCAGCCCGACGUGACCCUGGUAGUCGCUAAGACCAAGGUCGCACCGGUCAAGCGUGUAUCGCUUCCCCGCUUGGAGCUUUGCGGGGCCACCCUCUUGGCUAAACUGGCCGAACACGUCCGGUCCUCCUUGGGCCUAGAAGGAUCGGCGGUGCAUCUUUGGACGAACUCCACAGUCACGCUCGGCUGGAUCCGAGAACACCCUGCAAGAUGGACAACAUUUGUAGCCAACCGAGUCGCCGAAAUCCACCGAGAGAACCAAGACGCAAAAUGGCGGUACGUACCCGGCAGAGACAAUCCAGCUGACUGCGCCUCCCGGGGGGUGUCGCCGAGGGAGCUGCUACGCCAUCCGUUGUGGUGGCAUGGGCCGACCUACCUCAGCGGUCAUCCUGACACCUGGCCGAAGGAUGUAGGAUUCCAGGAAGAGACCAGCCUGCCAGAACAGCGACCGCAAAAAUGCUACGUGGUCAGGGAAGUGCUGGAACCUGAAGAGCUUCGCCGAUUCUCCAGCCUUCGCCGGUUACUACGCGUAUCCUCCUGGAUCUGGCGUUGGGCAACUAACCGGGUAGUCCAGGAAGCGAACUUCCACCUAGAGCUGCGAGACCUUCGUACCGGGAAAUCGCUGGCGACCAGAAGCCCACUCAGGAAGUUAGCUCCCAUGCUCGACGAUGAGGGGGUCCUGCGGGUUGGCGGGCGGCUGAAACACGCUGUCCUGGAUGCCGACCAGCGACAUCUAGUCAUUCUACCACCGGAAUCACAUCUCACCUACCUGGUGAUCGAUGCCGCUCACAGACGCACCCUGCAUGGAGGAGUCCAGCGCCGCCCCGUCAGCGACGAGGCCGCUCCUGACCUACUGGGGCCGGAGGAGAUGGACGCCGCCCUGACUCGAUGGAUCCGGGUAGUCCAGGAAGCGAACUUCCACCUAGAGCUGCGAGACCUUCGUACCGGCAAAUCGCUGGCGACCAGAAGCCCACUCAGGAAGUUAGCUCCCAUGCUCGACGAUGAGGGGGUCCUGCGGGUUGGCGGGCGGCUGAAACACGCUGUCCUGGAUGCCGACCAGCGACAUCCAGUCAUUCUACCACCGGAAUCACAUCUCACCUACCUGGUGAUCGAUGCCGCUCACAGACGCACCCUGCAUGGAGGAGUCCAGUCCACCGUGGGGAACAUCAGGGAGCGUUUUUGGAUCCCACGCGCCCGUCAACUGGUACGAAGCCACAUACAUCGCUGCCUCCCUUGUGUGCGAUGGCGAGCGGCCACUCCGCAACCGAAGAUGGGGGAUCUGCCGAGGACGCGGGUCACACUAAGUCGACCCUUCCUUCACACCGGCGUGGACCUCGCUGGCCCGGUCUGGCUCAGGACGACGAAGGGCCGCGGUCACAAAGCCCACAAGGGCUUUCUGGUAAUCUUCGUAUGUUUUAGCACUCGCGCCGUCCACCUGGAGGUGACCAGCGACUACUCCGCCGAAGCCUUCCUCGCUGCCUUUCGCCGGUUCGUGUCGCGUCGAGGGAGAUGCACGGCCCUGUAUAGCGACUGCGGCACCAAUUUUGUGGGUGCGGAUCGGCAACUUAGAGAGCUCUUCAGGGCGGCGAGCGGCGAAGUCCACGCCCUCGUUGGCCGCCUAGCAGACGAGGGAGUUCGGUGGGUCUUCAAUCCACCGUCGGCUCCCCAUUUCGGCGGCCUGUGGGAGGCGGCUGUCAAGGCCGUCAAACAUCACCUGCGGCGCACCAUCGGAGAGGCUAAGUUCACCUUCAAGGAGCUGUCCACGCUCCUCGCGGAGGUCGAAGCCUGCCUAAACUCAAGGCCCCUCGGGGCCUUGUCGGAUGAUCCAGACGACCUUGACGCCCUGACGCCGGGGCACUUCCUGGUGGGAGGGCCUCUCCUCAGCAUCCCGGAGCCGUCCCUCUUGGACGCCCCUACUAACCGUCUGAACCGGUGGCGACUUCUGCAGCAGAUGCGGGACCAUCUCUGGCAGCGAUGGACCCGCGAAUACCUGCAGGGACUCACACCACGGCCCAAGUGGUGGACCUCCCGGGGAAACCUCUGCGAAGGUCAGCUGUGCCUCAUCAAAGGAGAGAGCACCCCGCCGUGCCGGUGGCCGCUCGCCCGAGUUACGCGUUUACACCCAGGCGAGGAUGGCCAAGUGCGCGUGGUGGACGUCCGCACCACCGUCGGCGAACUGACCCGGCCAGUGGUCAAGCUGGUCCCACUGCCGACGAUAGCCGCCGUGGAGUCCGGGACCCCCGUGUAA